CCAUCGCCGAGUUAACUGUAGAUGUCAGACUGUGCUUGCACUGGUGUGUGAUGUCAGAUCCGUAAUAACGCGCAGAAAUGGUGAACUCGGUGCGGGCUGGAGCGCGAUGGAGGCAGCGCAGACCCAGCUGGCGUGGACAGAUCGGUGGAGCCUCUUUCUUCCCUAGCGCAGGGCCUGCCAGCCCUCAGGCACAGCGUAGGGGCGCUGGGAUAAUUGUCACCGGUUCGUGGGCGACUGCGGGCUUGGAGGAGCAAGAUAUUUGCGCCGGGAGCAGAGAUACUUAGCUCGCUCUCCUCCGCAAAGGUGAAAGGGUCUUGGCAACUGGGCGAGAAGGUGGAUUAUUUUUCGAACGAUGAGCAUGCGCCUCUAGAGAUGAUUUGUGGUUGGGUCCAGCUGGAGCUGUCUGAAUGAAGCUAUGGGCUGUGCCUCCGCCAAGCAUGUUUCUACUGUUCAAAACGAAGAGGAAACUCAGAAGGGGAAAAACUAUCAGAACGGAGAUGUGUUUGGUGAUGAGUAUAGGAUCAAACCAGUGGAAGAGGUCAAAUACAUGAAAAAUGGGGGAGAAGAUGAUCAGAAAAUAGCAGCCAGGAACCAAGAAAACUUGGAAAAAAGUGCCAGUUCAAAUGUAAGACUUAAAUCUAAUAAAGAGAUCCCGGGAUUAGUACAUCAACCCAGAGCAAACAUGCACAUCUCCGAAAGCCAACAAGAAUUCUUCAGAAUGCUCGAUGAAAAAAUCGAAAAGGGUCGUGAUUACUGUUCAGAAGAGGAGGACGUCACAUAGUGCCCGCUCUGCCGCUCGCCCCGGAAUCAGUAACUACUGUGUAAAUAGACGAUGACAACCCAGUCGAGACCUUUUGGAAGUCUUCUUGAGUGAACAGCACUACAUACCAGAAGAAGAUCAUUUCCACGUUAUAUGCUCCAUUCAGUUACAGUGUUUCUUAAUGAACAGAUGAGGAAUAUUGCUCAGAACUCGUAAGGAACUGGUUUGUUUGUUUUUUUUAAUUGCUGCUAGUUAAAACUCGUCGCAACCUCUCACUUUUUUUCUGUGUCCAGAUACGCAGCAAAUCUCUUAAAGUUAAUCCGAAAGACGUUGCUGAUUUAAUGGAGGCUUCUGGCCCGUUUUCUAUCAGGUGAGGUAGUGUUUUACAAAAGCUUCCACAAGCGAACGUUCGAGCAUCUAAAGAACCACCCUUGAGCUGUCUGUCAGUCUGCGCUCGGGCCAGAGGGAUUAAUUAGCGCUGGUGAUUUCAGGCUUUGGAGACGGGAUGUUUUUGCCGCGGCAGGCCUUGUUUCUCUGCUGGGAAGAAGCUGAGAAGCUGUUAUCCAUUAAAAGCAUGUUGUCACUGAAAUACUGGAAGUGAUGCAGGAGCAGGAAUCUGUACUUUAAGAGGAAAAAGAGUUUCAUUUAAUAGGCAUCUUAAUCAAGGACUAAGCUUGCAGUAUUGGCUUUGCUGAGCACGAAUGGGAGUGUGAUCACAAUCAUUUUGAAUCUCUUUUUUUCUAAGAAAAUAAACAUUUUACUGUUUUUAUGUA